CAAGCUUGAAACGAGCAGCACGGGUUUUACAACUGAGCACACGAAGCGAAGAAGAUGCUCCCACCCUCCUACUCUUCCGUUCCUUCAGCGAACUCUCUGUACAAUUCAUCCUCUUUCUACCUCUUGCAUCGGAGCCCUAGAGCUUCCACUUCUAGAUUCUUUAGAGUCCUCAAUUGUUCCUUUUCUUCAACCGGAGAGUCGGCUUCUGAUUAUCAGUCUUCGGAACCUCAAAACCGGAGGGGCAAUUUCGCCGGCGUAUGUUUAGAAGACACUGUCGAGAUUAGUUCAGUAAAGUCGAGGAUCGAUUCCUGGAUUUCCUCUCGCAUCCCUGGUAUCAGUAGAGCUCGCGUUCAAUCCAGUAUAAAAUCGGGGCUCGUUAGCGUUAAUGGCCGGAUAAUCGAUAAGGUUUCACAUGUUAUCAGAGCGGGGGAUAAAGUUAAUUGCACGAUUAAAGAGUUGCAGCCAUUGAGGGCUGAACCAGAAGAUAUUCCUCUGGAUAUAGUUUAUGAAGAUGAGAGCGUUCUUGUUGUAAACAAACCUGCACAUAUGGUUGUUCAUCCAGCACCAGGCAAUGCUAAUGGUACUCUUGUAAAUGGCAUUCUUCAUCACUGCAGUCUUCCCAUGGUUGCAUUGACAAAUAGCAAGGUUCUUUCUGAGACAGAUGAUAUUUCUGAUGAUGAGUCAGAUAUCUUUUCUUCCACACAAGGUUCCAUGGAAGAGGUAACUUCCAACAUAUGUGAAGUUUCUGUUCGUCCUGGCAUAGUGCACAGACUGGACAAAGGAACUAGUGGAUUGCUUGUUGUUGCAAAGGAUGAGCAUUCUCAUGCUCAUUUGUCUGAACAAUUCAAACUACAUACCAUUAAUAGGAUAUACUUAAGUCUCACUUGUGGUGUUCCAUCCUUAAAUUCUGGGCGUAUCGAGGUCCCAAUAGGUCGUGAUUUAAGUAACCGGAUUCGGAUGGCUGCUGUGCCUAGCCCUAAUAGCUCUAGACAGGCCCGUCAUGCUGCUAGUAGGUAUAGGGUAGUUGAAGUUCUUGCUGGUGGUGGUUCUGCACUAGUUGAGUGGAGGCUAGAAACUGGGCGUACGCAUCAGAUUCGUGCACAUGCAAAAUACCUGGGAAUUCCUCUGUUAGGGGAUGAAGUGUAUGGAGGAACCAGAAACAUGGCCCUAUCACUGCUGCGAACUAGGAGUCAUUCUAGCUUCCAUGGUGACCUUUCACAAUUGGUUUCAAAAUUACAGAGGCCUUGCCUCCAUGCAUUCACUCUUGGGUUUAAGCAUCCGCAUACAGGGGAGAACAUGCAGUUCUCUUGUCCACCACCUGCUGACUUCACUGAGGUCCUGAGUCAGCUUCGCAGUAUUGGUAUUGAGAAGGUCUUUGGUGGGCAGGGACAUGCAUGUCAACUCUGUCCUGAUAUUUACUCAGCGAAUCAACUAUCUAAUUUCACAACUAAUCGCAUGUGUGACUACUGAUAAGGGUCCAACAUUUGGCCAUUUAUAUGGGUGUCCAUUCCUCUCCAAAACCUUAUCCCCACCAUUAACAACCAGUUUGAAUCCUCACUUGGUAAAGUUGGGAAAGGAAUUCCUUAAUUAAACUUAAAGAGUAAACUGUGCUCUCUUUUGUUGGAGUUGUUAUUGAAGUCAGGGUCACCUAAGUGAUACUAUUGCACACAGACAAGUGUGUGUGUGUGGUUGCCUAAGUGACCAAGCAGCAUUCUUGGGCUACAUCAUGCACAAUUUAUUAAAAACCCAAAAGAAGUCCAUUCUUUUUUUUUUUCUUUCUCUUGCCUUCAAAAAAAAGUCCAUGCGAAUGUGCCCAACCUUGUUUCCUGCAUGUAUCAACACAUCUUCAAGUUGACACAGAUCUGACAUUUUAGAAAUCUUUAGAGAUCCAUUCCAAUGCAUAUUGGCUUAUCAAGGAGGUGUAGAAGUCAUCAUUUAGAAGUGGGAUUCCGCUCAUGUUCAGGCACUCUCGAUUCUGGAAUUUAUCAUUUCUAAAUGUGGUGCACUGCACCCCUCCAGUUAAUGGAAGUAAUACCUACUGUGAACCAAAAUUUAACCAGAUCUAAUAUAAUUGAAACAAAAAAUGUGCUGUACCCUGUUGGUGACUCGAUGUUGCCUCAUUUAUAAUCAGAACAUUCUCAAAAUCCAGUCUCUUAACUACGAAGUGUUGAUAUGAGCAGCCUUUGAAGAAGUGAUUGAAUCAUUGCUACUGACCACAAAUUACACUGAGGUUUACAUGACAACUGGAGCACUUGGGUUAUGUAAGAUUCAGCAUGUUCAGACAGGCAAUUGCAGAGAGGAUGGCCUAUUGCAUUUGGAGUAUGUUCAAGGUGCAAUCUAUGAGUCACACUACUACAGCUCUUUCAUGGAAUUUACCUAACAUGGCCAGAAUAGAUUGGAAGAGGGGAAAUAAUGCACCUAAAGCUGCUUUCCUCGACCUUUUUGGUGAAACGAGAUCUGUGGUUUAUCCUGUUUAUUUGUUAGGCUUGGUUUAUCUUACGAGGUGCUUGACCUGGAUUUGUUCCCUAGUAUCAGCUUAUGUCAAAUAUAAUUUUUGGUAAUAUAAAUUAAUCAUGUAUUAACAAACUACUGGCUAAAAUGAUCAAGUAUAUUUAAUACAGGGUGGUGAUUCUUUUCUUCU